CACAGGGAAAGAUUUCGCUUCACCAUGCUACCUCUACUCUGCUUGGCCCUGGUGCUAAGCACACUGAUACCCUCGUAUGGAUUGCCGAACGGUGCUCCCACAUCGGUGUGUGACAAUAUGCUACCGUUUCACGGUGGUGGCAUCCCGCCACUUACCACCAAAUCACCGUUCACCAUCACACCCCAAUCGUCCGUAAUCGGUAACGGUCAAACGCUACGGCUCGACAUCGAAUCCUUCCCUGCCAACAUCGUGUUCAAGGGUUACAUGAUCCAGGCCCGGGCUGCCGAUCCACCGCACAACAUUGUCGGUCGCUUCGAAAACACAGAUUCGGCCGCGAUUAAGCUGAUCGACUGUCAGGCAGAAGGGGAUACGGCCACACACACCUCUACUAGCCCGAAACAGGAGCUGACGCUGGAAUGGACCGCUCCGGACAACUUUGUCGGCGAGGUGAUAUUCAACUCGACGAUCGCACAAGAUUACGACAAGUUUUGGGUGGGCCUUCCGUCGGAACGGGUGCGUGUGGUGGCUAGCUCCACCACGGUUGCUCCCGGCACGGUAUCCACUAAGCGUACGACGACAACCACUACCGUUCCACCGUACCGACCACCAGCAACAUCCGCACCAGUGGCAGGGGACCCGAUCUAUGACGCGUGUGGCCAGAGCAAGGGAUGCUUCGGAUUUCCGGAGGGUUGUGUCGAGAGUAAGAACUGUCGGGCGGUGGCUACGAUCGCGGUAAUGGGAGCACGAUACGUAUUCGAAAUGAAGGCGGGAUACAACAGUCCAGCCUACGUUGCCCUUGGCUUGUCCGAUGACGCCAAGAUGGGUGAAGAUUCUGUGAUCGAGUGCGUACCUGAACAAGGCACAGUGAACGCUUACGCUUCGUGGACCACCGUUGGACCGUACGGUUCUACGCGUCUAGGUGUUCCUCAAAACAUCUUCCAAGUGUUGGAAAAAUCAUACAAUGAUGGUGUGAUUUACUGUAAAGUGGAACGCGACGCUCUCAGCACGGUCAAGGGCAAGAAGUUUGAUCUUGUAAACGAUAAGUUCCAUCUGCUGAUUGCUGCUGGAUCGUCGGUGGAAUCUACCAACGUUAACUAUCACGACAUCGGUCGUCACGUGUCCGGCAUUCCACAGUCCCUCGCUGAGGUUGGACCGGUACAGGGAUCGUCCAAGUUGUUGCUGCGCCUUCACGGUGCCUUCAUGAUCACGGCUUGGAUCGGUACGGCUUCGCUCGGUAUCUUGCUCGCACGCUACUUCCGUCAGACGUGGGUUGGAAGUCAGAUGUGUGGCAAAGAUCAGUGGUUUGCAUGGCAUCGAUUCCUGAUGAUUGUCACGUGGGCUCUCACUGUGGCCGGUAUUGUGGUGAUCUUCGUUGAGAUUGGCGGUUGGUCGCAGGUUCGUAAUCCGCAUGCCAUUCUCGGUAUCGUCACGACCGUUCUGUGCUUCCUGCAACCGAUCGGUGCAUUCUUCCGGCCACAUCCCGGCUCAAGCAAGCGACCGAUCUUCAAUUGGCUUCACUGGUUGGGUGGCAAUUUGGCGCACGUGAUCGCGAUCGUUGCCAUCUUCUUUGCCGUCCAGCUGCAGAAGGCCGAACUGCCCGAAUGGAUGGACUUUAUUCUGGUCGCGUUCGUUGCGUUCCAUGUGUUUAUGCAUCUGAUCUUCUCCAUCGGUGGCUGCGUAAGCGAGCGAAGAAGUGGGCAGCGUGUGACGUCCUUCCCAAUGGCUGAUAUGACUCCGUCGCGAAAUUCCGUCAGCUCCAGCGAAAGAAAACAAGACGCUGCCUUCUCUGGCUUCCGUAAAUCGAUGCUGUUCCUGUACAUUCUGAUUGUGCUCGGUCUGGUCAUCGCGAUGGUAGUGAUCGUCGUUUUGGCACCAAUUGAAGCCGCUUACAACAGCAUCAAGGAUCAGAUCAUGAACUAAAAGAAGAAACAG